AUGGGUCCAGUAGCCCAGCACAAUACGCGCUCGGAAGUGCUCGACUACGCACCAGGCUACAUGUUCAACGAACACGGUUUCCUCUACAAAAGAAUCACGAAAAUUCAACCUGACAUCUUUACAUUAUCCAAACCAUUCGUACUGGAGGUCUGGGCGUGGGUGGUAGCAUCAAUGCUGAUAGUGGGAGCCUUUGCCGGCAUGCUACAUCUGGCAGCCUCUUACUUGAGGCUGACUAAAUGCAGCUCAACUUCCAAGGGCAGCCAUCCGAUUCCAGAGAUGUUCUCCAGAGGCUUCACGUGGACUUGGAAAAUCUUCUUGUCGCAAGAUUUGACCGACACACCAGACAGUGGAGCUGGCCGAGCCCUCGCCACCACCUGGCUUUUCAUGGGAUUUAUGCUCUCCCUGAUGUACCGGAGUAAUUUACUAGCAAUCCUCGUCAAUGACAAAAUCAAGUUACCGUUCAACUCUAUUGUGGAGUUCGGGCAGCAGAACGAAUACAAGUUGACCUGGCAAGAAGGCACAAUUUAUCCUGUCUACUUGAAGUACACGGCAAUUCAUGAGCCUGAUGUACCCGACGGGAAAUUGUGGGCCAAGAGGGACGACUUCGUGCCGACCACUGAAGAGGUUGUCGACACAGCCUUGUCCAGAAAAGUCGCAGUAAUUGCACCGAGGGUAAUUUUGCUGAGUUUCAUCUCGACUGACUUCUCGCAGCAAGGUGACUGUCGCUUGGCCUUGGCGGAGACGGGCAUGGUGCCCGUUUACAUGACCUACGGAUACCCGAAGAAAUCGCCUCUGAAAGAACAACUUGACAUGAUGUUACUUCGGGUGAUCCAGGCAGGUAUAUCGUCUCAUCUUCAGGACAAGGCUCUUGGAAACUCGACUUGGUGCAUGAAGGCGCAGAAAAAUUUGAGUGAGUCACGCCCCUUGGCCGUCAAGGACUUUUUUGGUCUUUUUCUCAUCUACGCAAUCGGCACUGUCUUCGCCAUGGCAGUCUUCAUCAUCGAAGUCACGACUCAUGGCCGAUCGAAGAAGACUAAGAAUGCUAUCUCCUGAACACUUGACGUCUGCAGCACCGGCGGAACAUUUGUUCCUGAUGAAAUGGCUAUCAAAUGGAAGACCAAAACCCACCGAAUAUUUGGAUGCACCGACUGUUAUCACAUCAGUUUAUAGAGCUAUAGCCUCUACCUUAAGUUGGUCUGUUGAACGAAAGGAAACUACAACAAUAUGCAUUCCAGAAUCACAUAUUUACUCGGUAAUGAAACUUCUACUGAACAAGUGUAUGACGACAAUACUUAAAUAAAAAGCAGUAUACAAAUUCGAAUGAAACAAAACACUUGAGCGUCAUAAUGCUUUUAGCAUCUCAUUAAAUUUGCUAUAGGCAUGGUUGUCAAAAUUAUGAAAUGUCUAGCAAGCUAUUUUGAACUCGUGGUCUGAUCAGCUGAAUAUAUACAUACAAUGCUUGUUUGCUGCCGAAC